AUGUCUCAAGAUCCUAUGAGCAGGUAUAAGAGAAUCCAACAAAUUGGAAAAGGUAGUUAUGGAAAAGUCUAUUUAAUGAAAGAUAACAAAAAUGGUGACUAUGUUGUCGUUAAAACAAUCAAAAUCAAAGGAUCAGAUGAUAGUUCACGCAAAACAGCUCAAAAGGAAGCUACACUUUUAAGUAAUCUUCGUCAUCCAAAUAUUAUUGCAUACAUAGACUCAUUCUAUACACCACAAGGUGAUUUUAGUAUCGUUCUAGAGUACGCAGAUGGAAAAGACCUUCAGAAAUAUCUAGAAAGUCACGAAGAAAUCAAAGAGAAAAAGGUAUUACAGAUUUUCACUCAAAUAAUUUUAGGUCUUGAAUAUAUUCAUUCCCAAAAUAUUUUGCACAGAGAUAUCAAAACUGCAAACGUUUUCCUUUUCAAACGCGGACUUGUCAAGCUCGGUGAUUUUGGAAUUUCUCGUGAAGUUACAGAAGAUUCUUUCGCUCAAACAAUGAUUGGAACACCAUACUUCAUGUGUCCAGAGCUUCUUAGGGGUGAUCCUUACAGUUUCCCAGCUGAUAUUUGGGCUGCAGGAUGCGUUCUUUUCGAAUUACUUACUCAUAAGCACGCUUUCACAGGAAAAUCUCGUGAAGAGCUCUUUACAAAUAUUAAAUCUGGAAACAUGAGCAUGAUGCCAUCAGGUUACUCUAAAGAACUUAUCGAAUUAUUAAUGUCGAUGUUACAACAAGAUCCAAAUGAUCGUCCUACAUGCAAAGAGAUCCUUGCAUCAAAUAUUAUUGGCCAUGGCUUAAACGAGCUCCAAACUGAGCUUUCUAAGAAAUGCAAUUCAAAUCCAUCGAGCGGCCGCAAAUCUCAGAUCCCACCACCCUCCAAGAAUGCACCAUCAUCAUCCCGCAGUUCAUCCCGCCAGAACAUGUCUUCUCAAUCCAAACUUGAUACAACAGAUGACGAUGAAAUCGACCAGAAAGAAAUGCCAGCAUGGCUGAACAGAAAUGAUCAAAACUUAUGCAAUGAUCUCGUUAGACAGUCGCAGCGCCACCUCGAGAAAGACUCUAGUUGGCUUCUUGGAGUUAUCAGAUCUUCAAUUUCUACGAAAGCUAUUCCGAAACAAACAGUUUGCGAUCUAGGAAAGCUUACAGGUAAAAUUGAUGAAAGAAGAAACGCUCUUGUGUCCGCAGCCAAAUCUGCACUUGGAUCGAACUACGAAUACGCGUAUAAAUGGAUUAAAGAGUAUGGCCAGGAUAGAAGAAAGGAACUGAUGGAGAAGAUGCCUCCAGGAACAGAUUAUGAAAAAGAAUUCAGGAUGUUAGAAGUUAUUACAGCAAUAGAAGAGCUCGCAUAA